AUACGCCUUAACACGUACAGACCUUUCGGCGAGUCCUGGGAAAAGGAUGAGGUCCAUCUGUAUUCAAGCCUUGCUGGCGGCCAGCUCGGUUGUCGCUGUUGCUCAGCAGCAAAGGAAUGAAGAGCACGAAGAGAACGUCUUGUCCGCCCGACAAGCUUUCAGGGAGAUCCAUGAUCAUCUCCUGGGGUUGCAAUUGCCUGGCGAGGUCUCGCAGCUGGAACUUGGUGGAAAUGAUCAAGGAUUGUUACAAGCCAGCUCGAGGGUGAAUACAACGGGUUGGGACGAGCUUGUUCGGGAGGAGGAUGAGUUGACCGGGAGCAAGAAGGGGAAUGUAAAGGAAGAUCCAGAAGAUCGACCUCGAGGCAGGUUCCUCCACAUAACCGACUUCCACCCCGACCCUUUCUAUACAGCAGGGUCGACCUUCGAAUCGGGUUGUCACAGAAAACCUGAAAAGAAGAAGAAGAAAAAGGGGAAAAAGGGAGGGAAAAAUGAGGUGGAUGGGUUGAAGAAGGAUAAAGAUGAUGAUGAGGAUGAGGAUGAGGAGUUGGCGGGGAGGUGGGGGACUAGUUCUUCGGACUGCGAUGCCCCCAUGUCGCUGGUGAACAUGACGUUCGACUGGUUGAAGCAAGAAUGGGCGGAUAAAGUGGACUUUGUCGUCUGGACGGGCGACAACGCCAGACACGAUAUCGACUCUUCCAUCCCCCGAACUCCGAGUGAGAUCAACGAUCUGAACCGGAUGAUGGUCAGGCGGAUGCGAGAGACGUUUGGGGAAGAUGUCGUCGUGGUGCCUUCUUUGGGGAAUAACGAUAUUUACCCACACAAUAUUUUGGUCGCGGGGCCGAAUGCGGUGACGAACAGUUUUACCGACAUCUGGAGCGACUAUAUCCCCGCAGAGGAUUACCACGUCUUUCAACGAGGAGCUUAUUUCGCCAUCGACGUCAUUCCGGACAAGUUGGCGGUGAUCAGCUUGAAUACUUUGUAUUGGUACGACGCCAACAAGGUGGUCGAUGGAUGUAAGGACGGGUCGAAUGAGCCAGGAGCGCUCGAGUUUGAUUGGCUCGAGGUGCAGCUGGAUAGUUUCAGGGAGAGGGGUAUGCAGGUAUGGCUGACGGGUCAUGUGCCGCCGAAGAUGGGGAGGUACUUUGACAACUGCUACCUGCGAUAUGGAGAGCUCGCUUUGCGGUACCAGGACACUAUCGUCGGUCACCUCUAUGGGCAUAUGAACGUCGACCACUUCUUUUUCCUCGACGUCGACGAGCUCGAAGCAACGACCCCGCUCCGACUACAAUCACAAGCUCAGGGCCUGGCCGACCGCGUACAUGCUAUGGGUCGGAUCGCCGACACGAACCUUCAGCAGGAACUCCACAAGGACUUCAAUGAUAUGCCAAAACUCAGCAAGAUCAAGAUGGAGGAUUACGCGGUGGUGCACGUUUCGCCUAGCGUUAUUCCGACGUAUCUACCAGGGAUUCGGGUCUUCAGCUACAACGUCACGGGUCUCGAACUGGAUGACGACGACUACGAGAGUGGUGUCGAUGGUUUGAAGAAGAAGGGAAAAAAGAGAAAAGGUGGCGGUCAUCGACAUGGCAAGAAGCCCAAGAACAACUGCCACGAACCGGAACAUGAGGACCAGCCGCAUUGCAAGUUCCGAAGCAAACCCCGUUUCUACUCGCCAGAGUCGCCGAGCCGUUCGAACCAGAUGUUUACCCCACUAGGAUACGCUCAAUUUUACGUACCUGAUCUGGAUAAACAAACGGUGGAACCGCCUAAAUGGGAGCUCGAGUAUGCUACGUACGACGUGGACGGACUGCUGCGAGGAGGGUACAACGGAACCGACGGGGAUGCUACCGGUCGUCAACCUGUACCAUGGCAUCUCUUGCCCGGAUUUGAUGAGGUUAACACCGAGGUUCUGGCUCGGGCGCAGAAAGACGGCGAGAAGGACCCAAAGAAUGAUGGCGGGAUGAGCAAGUUCCGCAAGGGGCUCAAAAAGUUGACUCCGUUCCGUAUGAGCGACUUGACCAUCCCGACCUAUGUCGCGUUGGCCAAGCAAUUGUCGGAGGAAACCCCGCUGUGGAACAAGUUUGCGCGGUUCAUGUAUGUAUCGACCAAGACUGACAGUUAACGUUUUGUACAAACACCCGACCGUUUAUUUAGUCAUCCUAAUCUAUCAUAUCAAGGUUUACCCUACUGAGAUUCCACCACAAGAGAGCGAAAUUGUCAUAGUCCUUUUCUGACAUACUUAAACCACCUUACGUAUUCGAAGUCGGGUUCAAAGCGAGAUCGCUCCGGCGAUCGCUCCAUUGUCAUCUGAUUAAACGACGGUAUGCACCUCGACAUAUCUUCACGCUCGUCCGGGAACAACGUGAAUGGUUCUGGC